AUGGCAACCUUCAACCUCUCCUACACCGCCCCAAUAAACCCCCCCGGCGCCUCCCCAGUCCUCACCCAGUCUCAAAUCUGGGAGUGCAUCAAGCGCAAAGUCCGACACGCAGAACAUUUCGUGCCAGCAAUCACCAAGACCGAGAUCCUUUCCGAGUCCAAAGAAGGAGAAACAGUCGUCUCCCUCAAGCGACGCAUAACAUUUGCUCCCGGCGGCCACCCCGCCGGCGCCGAGAACGCCGUCGAAACAUGCCACUUUUUUGAGCCAUGCCGUGUUGACUUUGUGGGCGCAGACGGAAGCGCAAUCAUCAACGCUGUGAGCCGGGGCCCUGGUGUUGAAGCUCAGGAUUUGAACUACACUUAUAUUUUUGAGUGGCGACAUCCCGAGUUGGAAGCGGGCAGUGAAGAGGCAGCGAAACAGAGGGAGGCUGAUUGGGCGGUGAGUGCCCUCCUGGACGGGUUGUCUGUGAUCAGAGGGUGCAGGGUUGCUAACAAACAUUGGCGGAUAGACCACUCAGCUGGCUGUUAA